ACCAAUUCUGCCAUUUCAAUCAACAAAAAUUGUGAUUCGGUUUUUUGGUUUUGUAAACUAGAAAAUAAAAUUGAAUUAAAAACAUUUUUCACAGUUAAUAUUGCUGUCCUGGGAUGUCAGUCAUACGUAAAUCGUCCCUUGACAUUUUAUCUGUAGGGAAAUGGAUCCUUCGUAGAGAUUGUCGCCUCUUAUCUGCAGUACCUGAAAAAGUGGAGGUGGCUGAAAAAGCUCAAGAAGAAAUUGAAAAACUUAGCGGUCGUAAGAGGAGAUUUAAUAAUCCCGUGCUUGAGUACAGACAUGUCUACCCUGAAUUCCUGCCCGAUCCCAAUCCCAAAUGGCGUAACAGCUUACGUGAAAAAAUGGAAAGAGCAGAUAUGUUAAAAAGGAGAAGUCAAAUUGACAUACCAGAAUUUUACGUAGGCUCAAUAUUGGCAGUGACUAUAUCUGAUCCACAUGCUCAGGGGAAAACAAACAGAUUUGUUGGUAUUUGUAUUGAGCGCAAGGGUUGUGGCCUCAGAGCUGAGUUUAUACUAAGGAAUGUUGUUGAUCAUCAGGGAGUAGAGGUCAAAUAUGAACUUUAUGAUCCUACAAUACAAUCAAUACAAGUACUUAGGUUAGAGAAACGGCUAGAUGACAAAUUGUACUAUUUGCGUGAUGCAUUACCUGAGUACUGCACAUUCCCUCAAGAUAUGGACCCAGAAAUGUUACCUGAAGGCACCCCUGUGCCUUUAAAUCCAGUACAGGUAAAGUUGAAACCAAAGCCCUGGCUCGAAAGGUGGGAGAGGCAAGACUUGAAAGGUGUCUCAAAUAUAGAAGAACACUUAAAAGAAAAGGACAGAGUUCGAAGGGAGUUAAGAAAAACGCCAUGGGAGAAAUAUGAUUUAAUGAAACAAUACAGAAAAACAAUUCCAGCUGAAGAUCAAACAGAGAUAUGGAGCGAAGUUUACAACCAAUUGCAACAAAUGCGCGUAUCCCGCAAGAAGCUAUCAAGGAAACGUCUAUUCACAACGCCUAAGCCGCAACUUGGCUAGCUAAAAUAAAUCGUUUAGUUUACGCUUAAUAAAUUAGAUGUAAUGUUAAAA